AAUAAUCAAAAUCCCAAGCCUAUGGUUACACCCACAUGCACAACCUCUUCACCACGUGGUCAAAAAUGAAGAGAAAGAGAAAGUCUGAAGAUGUCCAUGAAGUGAAACGCCUCAAAGAUGCUAAUGGUGAGUCUGUAAAGAGUAAAGGAGAAGAGGAAGAUGAAGGACCUCCUCCAGAGAGUGACUUUAAGAAGUAUCGUAUCAGUAAAGUAUCCAGGAAGACCCUUAAGUCACGUGGUAUAACCCACCUCUUCCCUAUACAAUACAAGACCUUUGAUACUAUUUAUGACAAGAAGGAUGUAAUCGGACAAGCUCGUAAGUUGAUUAAUUGAUUUA